AUGCUUGAUGAUUCAAAACAUUUUAAGCUUGGAGAAGAACAAUACACAAUAUUAAAAAGUUUUAACGAUGAUGUUACAAACUUUAAAGUGCAUAAAGUCUAUGAAGUGAAUGAACCGAAUGUUCUUUAUGUGAUAAAAGAGUACAAAACAACAGAUGCAUUCGAAAGAGAGUUACUGAUGUUCGGUGAAUUAAGAAACGCAGAGAACAUUAUGCAAAUGAUAAACUCAUGCCCAUCACAAGCUAUUAUAAAAUGCGAAUGUCCUUUAUAUGACUUGGAAUCAUAUUGGGUCAAUCGAGAACAUUACCAGAGACACGAAGAUAUAAUAAAGGAUGUAUUAACUGGUCUCUUGGAACUCCAGAAACGCAACAUAGUACACAAUGGAUUAACACCAAAAAGCAUAAUGUACUUUCAAGAAAAAGAAAUUGGAAGUUGGAAGUUAACUGAUUUUGAUACAGCAUGUUUUACCGAUAGUUUAUAUGAUGUGCAAUUUACAACAAAUUAUUCUGCUCCUGAGGUUAUGAGAGCAUACGAAAAAGAAAUUAAAAUUAAAGCGAAUUUUUCAAUGGAUAUGUUUUCUUUGGGACUAAUUUUGUACUUUAUUGAAACGGGGCAUCAUUAUUGGGAUGGAGAUAAUGAAGAAAAAAAAGAAGAGAUAAUUUCAGAAAAACCAUUGACACUAAUCAAUAUUCAAGCAUCUGUUGCUUGCGAUGUUCUUAACGAAUUGCUUGAUAAAUAUAGUUCACGUCGAAUGACGCUAAAAGAAUUUAUGCAUACACCAUAUUACAUUAAUGUGUCAGAACAAACGGAUAAUACAUAUAGGGAACAUCAGAUUGAUGAUGAGACCAAUUCUCAAGAAUCAGUUCAAGCUUUCCUUGAAAGAUAUCAUAACGAAAUGAAACAAAGUCUUAAAAUAUUGAAUGAUAAAAUUGAUAAUCGUACAAAGACCGUUGAAGAUAUAUAUGAAUUCACAAAGAAAAUCCCACAUCGUUUGGUACAAUUGAAAAAUGAGAAUGUCCCUAGAGUAUUUGUUAUAAUUCCUGAUCAAAAGGAUUGGAAAAGACCAGCGUCGUGGUUGGUUUCAAAGCCAUUUCGUCUUUUCUUUGUUUGCGAACACAAGGAGCAAUGGCACGUUCCAUAUCAGGAAGGUUAUAAAAUUCUUGAAACUCCUCAAUUUAUUAAAAAAUAUGGACCUUGGAUAAAUUUAUGUUUACAAACAUUGAGUGUCUUUCAAAAAGUCGUUGCUAGCAAUCUAUCAUCAAUUUUUAACACAAGUAAUACUGACAUUACACAAUAUUUUCAAGAAAUCAUCGAUACUAUUGAUAUUGGUGUAAGGACUGUGACCGAUGAAAAUCCUGAUUUUAUUCCUUUGAACGAUGAUAAGAGUAAUCCUUAUCUAACAAUAAAUGCUAUAGGCCUUCGAGAGCUCAAAAGGUUUCUUGAUACAAAAAGUAGCGCAGAUAAUUAUGGUGGAUUGACGCAAUGUUUUGAUGAUCAAACUCAAGAGAUUUUAUGGUUAUGUGAAGCACAUAGAAAUGAAUAUUACGCUAAAACUGUUGAACUAGAACCUUCUUAUGCAAUCCCUUCUCCUCCUUCAUCUUCUAUGUUUCCAAAAAUGCAUUCAAACUCUUCCAAUUCAUUUCGCUUUUCACCAAAUCCUUCAUCAAUCUCAUCAACUUCUCUUAGGUCAUCAAACUCAUUAGGAUCAUUUAAUAAUAUUCCAAUUCCAAAUCCUGGGUCAUCAAAUUCUUUUUCAUCUUUAAAUAAUUUUUCAAUUCCAAAUUCUGAGUCAAAUUUUCGAUCAAAAAUAAAUAUAACAAAUCUAGAUCCAUUUACUGAAUUGGAAAAUUUACAUAAAAUACUUUGCGAAUUAAUAGAGAAUACAAUGAUGUCCGGAAGUAAGCACUUUAGAAACGAUAAUACUGCGCAAAAGUUAUCUGUGUAUAUGAGCAAGUUUAAAGAUUUAUGUUCAUGUUGGUUUGAUAAUGACCAGAAACUUCAAUUUAUAAACAUCGUAAAAAAGCAAGUACAUUUAUAUAUUUACUGUCUAAGGUCAAUUGUACGUUAUUGUAUUGCUAAAAGUUCUAAUUCAGUUAGAGAACGAAUGUCAUUAUUUAUUGAUGGCAUAUUCGAAAAUAACAACAUCAUAAAAGCUGGGAAAUCAUUCAACGAACAUUUGGAUAAAUUAAUAGUUGCUCUUGAAGGGUCGCAAUAUGAUAGGCAGAGAUAUUUUCAGAUUACAGCUGAAUUAGAUAAUUUUAAAAACGAUCCAAAACUUUACGUAAAUAUUGAUAAUGAUUCAAAUAUAAUCAGUGUGAAAGAUUUAUCACAAUGGUACCAUACUGUUGAUCGAAUAUGCAUUGAAAACUUAGAAUCCCUAAUAGAUAUAGCAUACAGCGAUAAAUUGUUUAAUUCAACAAAACAAAUUUUAGAUGGUUUAAAACUUAUUACAGUAAAGUCUUUCAAAUUUAUCGAUCACGUCGACAAUUUUUUGUGUGUCGAGAAAGAAAUUUAUCUUUACAACGAACAUAAAUUGAAUGAUAGCGAUUAUAUCAUUAAAUUUUGUGGAUAUUCGAUUCAGAAUUGUAAACCCAUCCUAUUUCAUGAAUACGCGAACUUCGCUUGGGAAAUUUCGCAGGGCGUAAAAUACUUGCAUGAGAAAAAGAUCUUACAUUUGGAUCUUCGAAGUGAAAAUAUUUUACUACAAUACGAAGAAAUGACAAAAAAUCUAGUACCGAAAAUAUCUAAUUUUCUUUGGAGUAAAUAUUCACUUUACAGUAAGAUUUCAGUGAAUCCAAAAAUAACAAUUCCUUCUAAUGAACAAGUAUGGAAACGCUGGUAUGAUCCAGAUAGACUACGAAGUAAAACGAGCUUUGAAUCACUUCUUCCGCCAUCUGAUAUAUAUAGCCUAGGAUUAUUGUUUUGGGAGAUCGCUUGGAGUAGAGAUAAUAAUUUACCAUUUAAAGAUGUUCCAAUUAAUGAGCUUUAUAUUCAUAUUUGUUUAAAUCACCAUAAAGAAAUAUUGCCUUCAAUUCCAUUAGAGUAUAAAAGCUGGAAACUUUUAAUUGAUAAAAUGUGGCAAUUAAAGUCAGAAGAUCGUUGUAAUAUUAUUGCUGUAGAAAUAACCAUGAAAAAUUUACUUGAAGAUAAAAUAACUUCCGAGAGCGCUUUCAGUAAAAAUCUUAACAUGGAAGAUAUAACUGAAUCUAUCGAUGAAACAGAGGAAAAAGCAAGAAAAUGGAUUGAAGAUACUAUUAAGUAA